UCUUGGCUUCUUCCUUUUGCCCAUUUUUCCAACUCCUGUAAUUUCAUUUCACAGCUGUCGAACUGUUAUUUAUUCAUAUCCGUAGUUAGAUGGGGGGAACCUUCUUGGCUUCUUUCCUUUAUCCAUUUUUCCAACUUCUGUAAUUUCAUUUCAGUUGAUCAAUUCAAGUUGGAAGACUUGAACUCAGUUCUGAUUCCAAAAAAAAUUGUUCACUGUUUUAUUAAUUUGUUUCAAAUUUCCAUCUGGGAUCUGAUCACCGCUGACCAAGGAAGCCAUGGCUGAAUUAUCCCCAGUUAUUCCCCAAGAACUGAUGACGGACAUACUCUUACGGCUGCCUGUAAAAUCCGUUGGAAAAUUCAGGUGUGUUUCGAAGCCAUGGCGCUCUCUACUCUCCGACCCACUAUUUAUCAAAGCCCACCUCAAUCUCCAUCUUCAUGACCCUCAGAACUUCAUCUUCAUUUCAUUUAAGGAUUACAACGCCCUCCGUAUAACCAAUCUCGCCACCAUAAUUUCCACAUCCUCUGACAGUUUCGACAACGCUGGCGUUUCAAGAAAGCUCCCCCUUUUAGAGAAUUUGCUAUAUCCGAAAAUUGUUGGUUCUUGCAAUGGGUUGGUGCUAGUUUUAGAAGAAAGAUUGAGAAAGAACUGGAUGGUGCUAUUUUUAGAUGUAGGAUUGGGAGGGGACUCGUUUCCCGACAAAGAACAAGUACCAGGUCCUGAUACCGCCUAUUUGAUCAAUCCCACAACCAUGGAGCUAGUGAAAUUGCCAAGCAGACCUUAUUCCUGGGAGGCGCUCAAUAACGGGGAUGGUUUUGGUUACGACAGUUCUAAUGAUGAUUACAAAUUCGUGACCCUGUCGCGUAACCAUGACCCUGUUGCCGAGCCUGCGAGUAGUUCUGAUGCUUUUCUUGAUGUUUUUAGUGUGAAGAGUAGAACUUGGAAGAGAAUUGAUAGUUUGCCUUGUGAUCUUCAAAUUGGUCCUGGGGUCUGGCUCAAUGGUGCUAUACAUUGGUUAGCACUUUUUGAUGAUUCACUCAUUGUAGCUUUUGAUUUGAUUAGUGAGGAAUUUAAGCCUUUGCCAGGGCCUAAUACUACUAUUCCUCCUCAUCAGGGUGGAAGUUAUUUUCGGACACGCAAGCUUGUAGUUUUAGGUGGAUGUCUAGCAAUGACGGUUGUGGACGACCAAGAGAACCUACCUAGACAUGAGAUAGAUAUUUGAAUGAUGGAGGAGUACGGUGUCGGAGAAUCUUGGACUAAAUUUAGUGUUCCUAUACCAGAAGGCGAGUCUUUCUGUCGACCUAUUUGUCUACUAGGGGAUGAUAAUGUUGUUUUGCAGUCGAGUAGUUGGAAAUUUUAUGUGCAUAACUUGACAGAGGGAAGUACGACGGUGGUUGCUCGCAUUCAAGGUAUUUUUGGAGGUGUUGUGGGCUUUUCUGAGAGCCUUGUCUCACCUAUCUUCCAGCAGUCAAACGGAG